CCCAUCAUAAUUCAUGAUGAAUCUAUUCAAAAUACUACGACAAUAGCGAAAGCAUGCACUGGAAAUAACUUCUAUAUCAAAUGAAUCUCCAACUCAAAACAUGUGUUAAUUGUACAGGACAUAACCUCGUAUUGCAAAGUCAAGGACAGCCUAACAGCAAGAAAUGUGAAAUUUUUUACGUUUACACCAAAAGUAUUGAAACCACAGUUUUAUUCGCUAAAAGGUAUUGAUCCUGAAUCUGACAAAGACUUAUUAACACAGGAAAUCAAUAAAGCAGCUCCAACUAAAAUUAAAGCAAAGAAAUUGUCAUUAUUCGAAACACCAAAAUCUAAAAAAGAAAACCGUAAAAUGCCAAUUUUCUUCAUAGAAUUUUCUCCAAAUUCAGACACUGCAUUCUUAUGUGGCAAACCGCCGUAGUUUACAGUUUAUAGUUUGUAGUUUAUAGCUAAUAAUUCUAGUCUGAAAAAUUAGUUUAAGUGUUUACUUUAAUAAAUUAGUUAAGCCAAAUAUCGCGUUCCUUAUCCAAGCAACCACUUCGCUUAAAAAACAUAAAAUACAUAUGUAACCAAAAAAUUCAAUGAGAAAAACUGAGCAAAAAAGAGCCUCCGCAGUGCAAAAACUUCCAAAGGAUUGGUCACUCAGCUAUUAACUGCUUCUUAAGUUUCAGAUGUGUCAAAUGCAAUAAUACACACAAGGGAGGUGAGUGCAAACUAGGUGAAAACCUACAUAAAGAAGCUGUGUUCUGCAUUAAUAUUAAACAGUUUGGGCACCUUGCCUCUUAUAGAGGAUACCCAAUUCUUAAAUCAAGAGUGCAAGCAAUAAAGAACAAGAUCAAAUCCAGCAAUACCAGAAAUAUGGUAAAGAUCCCAACACCAGCGACAGCAGUCAGAAUCAAAACUCAAGCUCCUUAACUACACAGUCAAGUGUUAAAAUCUAAAACUGAACCUUCACUUGUAGCAAGUACUAACAAUCAGCAAGUAAAAACUCAACCGCAAACAGUUUAUCCCACAGCUACAAACUCAAACAACCAACGUGAGCAAUUUGACGCACAACAACUAACAAGUGCCAUCAACAACUUGAAUGCGCAAUUGGCAUUAAUUAUGCAACAAGUAAAUGACAAUAUGGAGAAAAUUGACAUGCUGCUUCAGAUGUUUAUGGGUGGAAUAGGUUAUGAACACUCCAAAACGAAUGGCCGUCGCAAUGGUCCUUGAACAGAAAGAUCAAUCAGCGUAGAUACACACUGCAUCCAGAGCACUGCAAAAUUUUAAAAUUAUUUCCAUAAAUGUAUAUUCAAUCAUAAAUUUACAUAGAAGGGCAUUCCUUGUCGCCUUCUUCGAGAAGUAUAACACGCAUAUCCUAUGUCUGAACGAAACAAAACUAGAUGCAAACCACAUCCUGCAAUUCAAAAAUUUCGCGAUAAUCAGAAACGACAGAACUAAUGCAACACAAGCAGGAGGAACUGCAAUUUUAGUACGAAAUAAUGUACUAUUCACAAGAAUAGGCUUAAAUUUUAUCAACCAAGGAGUGAUUUAAACCUCAGCAGUAUCCCUGAAAUUAACAAACGACAAAAAGUUCCAUAUUAUCGCAGCUUAUAGUGCGAACAACAACGCAUUCCAAUUUAUCAAAGAAUUUGAGAAAAUAUUUAUCACCCUUAAAUUGCACAAACCAAGUAACUACUAUGUAGUACGUGGUGACUUAAAUGAGAAGCACAGCUUAUGGCUGAGUGAUACGAAUAAUGCAAGAGGAAAUAAAUUGGCAAAACGGCUAACUGAAUAUGACCUAAUAUAUAAAACCAGGCUACUAUUCCCAAAAGAAGCUACGUUUCCACGAGCCAACCCCACGCUUCAUAUCGCCUGCACGUACUCAAGGUUCUUCACUGGCAAUUUUAUCAAUCCCUACUUCCUGCAAACUUUACUGUACGACAGUGACCACUGGGCAAUUCAAUUCAUCUUAAACCACAAUGACAUUAUGUUCGACAACACAUUACUCCAGCAGCCGGAACUUCUACUUCUUUGCAAAACCAACUGGAAAGGCUUCGCGAAAAAUCUUUGCUCCUCCAAGAUCUGGAGGAAAAUCUGGCAAUCAAAGCCAUUGAUAAAUUAGUAGGCGAAUUAGAACAGGUAAUUUUUUAUGUACUGUAAAAGCAUAGCCCAAAGUAUAAGCCAGCUAACUCAGUUGAAACAUACCAAAAUAGCAAGAUCAUUAAACUGCAGAGACUAAAAACUACGCUACUAUCUAGAUUCUUCAAAAGCCAUAGAAACAGCUCCACACGAGAGGCAAGGUUAACUAUAUUCCUAAAUAAGGCCAUCAAAAUCAUCAACAACGAACUGAAAAGCGGCUACACGGCAGCGGCAUCAAUAUUCUGGAAUAAUAAGUUAUAAAGUCUCGAUACAAGGCGACCACAUAAAAUCUAUCAAACUAUCACUAAAGUAUUCCGCCCAAAAGCGAAUAACUCGUUGUCAGAUUUUCACGUCAAGGCUCAAGACUAUCAUGUUCUUUAAGAAGCUGGCAUCGAACCUACCAUAACAAAACUCGCGGACGGCAAUUUUAAAUACUUUAGCCCACAGAACAAACUCGCACUUUUUGAACAUACUUCAAGAGAAUCCACACAAAAAACCUUGCAGACCAACCACCAUCAAAGUUCGAAAACUUCAUCAAUAGCAAAGUGAACGAAAUCGUAAGCAAUUUUACCAUACAAGCCAUAACGCUAUUCAGCGAUGAUAAUAAGGCAGAUUUUUCCUCCGAGCUCGACAGCUAUUACAUCAGCACAGCCGAAAUUAAAAUGGCGCUGAAAAAAUUAAAAAACAAAAAGUCUUUCAGCUUCGAUAAGAUCUCUAACGCUAUGGUAAAAAAGUUGCCUAACAAGAUAAUCCGUAUGCUGGCCAUCCUAUUCAACAACUGCCUCAAUAACUGUAUCGUCGAAAUCUUUCCAACAUGGAGAAAUUUCGUGUUUCAAGGAAUAGAUGAAUUCGAUUGAGGAAGAGGGUAAAUAAAAAUUGUUUAAUCGUAAUUGAGCCUUAAAAAUUGUGAUCGUUUAUUGGCUCGAAUGAUUCGAAUUAGGGGAAAAAGCCUUGCGGCAUAAAAAACCCCUUACAAAAUUAUGUAUUCGUUAAUGAUUCUACGAUGAAAAUGUGUACGAGUAUGUGUACGUUGUGUUGAUUGCGUAUUGAAUGAGGAGAACAAGGUCUCGCUCAAUGUUGUUCGAUUUGAGUGAUAAUUCACGUUGUGUGAGAUUAUUCACGAUGAUCGAGUUGAGAAUGUAGGACUCACUCGGAUCAUGUUGAUGUGUACGUUUAACCACCCUACCGUGGCCCGUUCGAGGGUGUAGGUCUCGCCCGAACAGUGUACAGUGUAUGUACAUUCAACCACCCUACCGUGGCCUGUUCGAGGGUGUAGGUCUCGCCUGAACAAUGUACAGUGUAUGACUUAACCACCCUACCGUAGCCCAUUCGAGGAGUGCAGGGUCUUGCUCGAAUGGCGUCAUGAAUGAUUUCCGAACCAUCCUGCAUUGGUUAUGCUACGUUGCGUUACGCGGAAACUUCUAAGUCAAGAUUGACUUUUUCGACUCUCGAUCCGAACCGUGCAAGCUUCAACGUUCGACUGUCCUUUUCGUUGUACGAAAAAUCGCCUAAAUACCCUCGCGUUUCCGAAGGUAACGGUUAGGGAGAACUCUAUGCUUUUGUUUGCCCAAAACUGUUUUUAAAACGAAAAAUUCAGCUGUUAGCUGAUUUAUGGUAUGUACAUUCUACGGUAAGAUUCGUUCGGACCGGAUCUGAUAGACAAUAGGGUACUCGGUGACCCGUAUUCCGAAGUAAAAACUAUUGACGGUGGCCUACUAAAUUGCUUAGCCGCGGCAUAGGUUUCGGUUCGCGGCCGAACAAUAACCACUACUUCCCUGAUAAAUGGAAAACUGCGAAAGUGGUCGCAAUUCCAAAGAAAGAUAAGGACCCGACCAUAAUGGAAAAUUAUCGCCCAAUAAGUCUUUUACCGAAUAUCGGCAAGUUAUUUGAAAUUAUAAUAAACAAUGGAAUUAAUAAUUUUGUUUCAGUCAAUAAUCUACUACCGCAGCAACAAUUCGGUUUCCGACUGAGUCGUUCAACGGUGCAUGCCAUUAAUAAAUUAGCAACGGACAUAUGCUGGAGCCUCAACGAAAGCAAACCAAACCUGAUGCGAGUGUUUCCUUCGCAACACCUUCGCGCUCUUUCGAACGAGCUGCCCUCCAGUGCUGGGUCUUUAAAGCAGAUGGCGAAAUCAAUACGAGGCAGUAAAUACAGUUUGGGACCAGUCACCCUCGAUAAAAUACAGUGCUUGAAGGACGUUAGACGCCUUCCCCUCAACUCUACGAAAGUGUGCAUUAAAGGACAAAACCGUUUCAGUCUUAUGCUGCGCAAUAAAUAGCCCUUUAUUUUCAAGCUCCCUUAUUAGUUUUUUGAGUAUUCUAUUCAUUUUGUGCACCAUUUUCCUAGGGCUACUUCCCCUCACGAGGAGCAGAGUGCCAUCGGCGUAACAUACGGGUAUGGCUCCCAAAUCUUCAAUAAAAUUUAGUAUACUGUUAUACGCUAUAUUCCACAUUAGGGGCCCUAGAAUGGAGCCCUGCGGAACCCCACGGCGACGACUUAGCCCUAGGGAAUUUUUUCAAAAGGCGGUACAAAUGUACCCCUUGAGGUACAAACGAAAGUGAAGGUGGUACAAACCCCUACAGGCGAAGAGGAAGGAGCACCACCAAGAAGAUUUAAAAAAUUCCAAAAUUGACGAAGGUACCUCUAGGGAAUUCUUUCAAAAGCCGGUACAAACAAACUCUUUGAAGUACAAACGAAAGUAAAGGUGGUACAAACCUCUACAAACAUUCCUUUUUAUGAUGGCGUUGAAAGAAAUAAAACAUGUUCAAGUGAGGUGCUGGGGUAUUUUCACCCUCUUUUCACCCCUUAGGGUACAAACGAAAAGAAAUAUGGUACAAACGGGUACAAACGAAGCCGAAUACGAUACAAUUGAAAGAAUUAAAAUUUUUGAAAGUCGGGUGCCAGGUUCAGGUAGAUCUCGAGAGAAGAAUGUUUUUCCAAGGUCUGUAGAAGAAUGCCCUUUUUCCGUUCCGCGAGGUUUCCUAGUCCCCGCGAAAUUUAAGGCCCCAGGGUUAUUUUACGGUCCGGACGUCACAGCGUCAGGCCUCUAUCCCGUGGUGGUCAUCGUAGGACGGCCAUGUGCCCGUUAUCUCUGCUUUAUUGGGGUGGGUCACUAGGAAUUUUCUAACACGAUACAUAAAUUCUUACUGCUAGUACCCGAUAUUACAACAAACAAAAAAAACUAUAUAUAUAUA